AUGAUUCCAUGGUUCAAAAAUUUCCGUGGAACAAUUGAAAAAUUGGAUGAGACGCGAUAUGUGUGUAGUGGUGAAGUGGCUAUUUUAAGUGAUGAUACAAUAGAAAUCACUGAAUUGCCAAUACGAACCUGGACGCAGAACUACAAGGAAAGUGUCCUGGAGCCUAUGUUAGAUGGCUCGGAUAAACACCCAGCUGUAUUGUUUGAUGCAUUGGGUUGCUUGAGGAAAUUUAACACAGUUGAAGAGAUCUGCAAAGAGUUCUUUGAGACCCGAAAAAAGAAAUACAUUGAACGGAAAGCAUUCCAAGAAGGAAUGCUGCGAGCCCAAAGCGAACGGCUCAGUAAUCAGGCGCGAUUUAUCCUGGCAAAAAUCAAGGGUGAAAUUCUAAUUGAAAAUAAGCGCAAAGCGGCAAUCGUGGAGCAGCUAGUGAAAAAGGGCUUCGAUCGU